AUGAGAGUUCAGAAUAGAGAAAUUGUUUUAUUUUUGGAUAAUGCAACAUCUCAUCCAAGGGAAUUAAACUUAACUAACAUAAAUAUUGUUUUUUUGCCUCCAAACACAACGACAGCAAUCCAACCUCUUGAUCAAGAAGUAAUCCAAAAUUUUAAAAUUUUCUAUAGGACCUUACUUUUAAAACACUUGCUACGUAAAAUCGACACUACAAGGUCAGCUUCAGAGCUGGCGAAAUCUAUUAAUGUACUUGAAGCUGUUUAUUUCCUUAAAACAUCUUGGGAUAAAGUAAAAGCAACAACAAUCCAAAAUGGGUUCUGUAAAGCAGGAUUUUCAAAAAGUAAUGAAAGUUUUUCCGAUUUUGAUCCCGAAGAUGACAUUCCACUGGCACUCUAUGCUAAAUUUCAGGAAGGACCUGACUUGGCGAAUGAUUUUGACGAUUUUCUCAAAAUAGAUAGAAAUGUCUGCACUGAAGAUAACAAUAUCGAAAUUGAAUUUGAAGAGCAUAACGAUAAAAUGGACAUAAGUGAUUCAGAUGAAGAACCUAAUGAAGAAAUAAGUGAUCCCAUAACAUCGUACGAUGAUUCGUUAACACUUGUUGCACGUUUGAAACAAUUUGCCAAAAAUGACUUCGUAGCUUUUCAACACAUCAAAAAUAUCGAGAGUCAUUUUGAAAAUGAGCAUUUUAAAUUAAAACAAUCAAUGCUUAAGCAAUCAAUCAUUACAAAAUUUUUUCAACCAAAAUAG